AUGCCCAACUGCCUGAACUGUCUAAAGAAGUUCAAGGAUGCCUUGGGUGUUACACAUCACCUGGGCCAGCCCCUCAUAUCAUGUCGACAAGAUACUACUGUGGAGUACACAAGUGCGGCACAAAUACUCAACUCGUUGGAUUGCCCUUCAUCUUUUGAAUCCAAUCGAUCAUCAUCGCACUCUCAGUCUUCUAGCACACCCGGUAUUCAAAGCCCUCAUGGGGUUUCAAUGGAUUUAGAUCUCCCGCCAGCAUUGAACCUGGGCCCUAACUCGGAUGGGGAUGAUAUGGCCUACCACCACGAAGGAGCGGAUGUGGAGAAUGGUUUGCCUACCUCUGAUGGAGAGAGACUGGAUGGUGGAGCUGCAGGGGGGCAUUUUACACGAUUUCAAGGUGCUGCAAAGAUCAAAGCCUUACCACUCUCCUAUCGUAUGGCAAAAGAGCUACAGGGUCGUGCUGAGCUUCUACCUUCUGGCCCCAAAUGGAAAUAUCGUGUCAUUUCCACUGAACAUCCAAUGAAACUGCCUGUGCACCUGUAUUGGCGCGAUCCUCUGGACUGUAUUGAAUCGCUCUUCAACAAUCCUAGAUUUUCCAAGGAUAUUGACCUCGUACCUGAAUGUAUAUACACCACGGCGGAGCGCACGGUACGGAUAUACGGCGAAUGGAUGACUGGCAAAGCAGCCUGGAUGAUGCAGUCCAAACUUCCAGUGAAUUCUACACUACUUGGUGUAAUACUUUCCUCUGAUAAGACCAAUAUCACGAACAUGACUGGCGGACGCAUUGCCCACCCCCUCCUCAUCAGCCUUGCCAACAUCAAAAUGGCAGUUCAAAACAAGGUGUCAUCACACACUUUUCUUCUCACAGCCCUGCUUCCCAUCGCUGAUUUUUUGCAUCCAGUCAAGCGCAUGCAAGGUGUUUUAGAGGCUCGCCUAAUCCAUCAAUGUCUUGACAUUAUCCUUGAGCCACUGAAGCAGGCUGCACGCAUCAGGCAUAUGAUGUCGGACCCAGCUGGAAACCUUAGAUAUUGUUUCACUCCCCUGGCUUCGUAUAUUGUGGAUACACCCAAGGCGGCCAUGCUCGCCUGUGUACGAGGAAAGACCUCACCACUCACCAUGGCUUCAUAUAAGCAAUUUGGUGACGCCUUCCAACACCCCCCGCACACAGCCAAACUCACCUUUACACAACUCAAGAGCAUCAAAUCUACAUGCGACGCUCAAGAUGUCGAAGCCUUCUUCGCUGCAUGUGAGCCCUACUGCCUCAGUGGUGUUGUCGAUCCGUUCUGGCGUGACUGGCAAUUUGCAGAUCCAAAUCAGUUUCUGACUCUGGAGGCCUUGCACCAUUGGCAUCACGAAUCCUAUGAUCAUGAUGUACAGUGGUGUAUUAGAAUUGUUGGCGCGGGGGAGUUUGACUUUCGUUUCUCUGUCUUACAACCACUCGUGACAUUUCGACAUUUCAAACAGGGUGUCUCGACGCUCAAGCAAGUCACCGGAAGAGCGCAGUGGGACAUACAGUGUUACCUUGUUGCUGUCAUUGCGAAUGCUGCACCUCCGGGCGUCGUCAUAGCUGUCCAUGCACUUAUGGACUUCCGAUACUUAUCACAAGCAGUAACAAUCGAUGGAAACCAAUGCCAGAAGAUCCUCAAUGCUCUCAAGACAUUUCAUGACCACAAACACGAAAUUAUCGCGCACGGUGGGCGUCGGGGUGCCAAGAGCAAAAACAUCCUCGACAACUGGUACAUUCCAAAGCUCAAAAUGAUGCAAAGUGUUGUGCCAAGUAUUCAUCAAGAUCCAGCAGAAUCAACAAACAACCAGAACUACGAUCCGCAAAUAUGUCAAUACCUGGAUCGCGUUGAAAAAUGUCGAUAUUUUCAUACCGUGACAUCUAUUGCUGAGAAAUCGCAGACGCAUACUGCCACUGGAGUUGGAUAUAGAGAUGACAUGGAUGAUGGGGUUGAUGAUGAUGAGGAGGCUGAUGAGGCAGGCAAUCUCCAGGCUUCCAUCAGUAAUUUCUGGGGGACAGAGCAUGUUGUAUCGAAUUUCUUCAAGAAGGCAGAACUUGCCUCAUUGUCCACCACAGCGCCCAGACCACUCUGCACGUUCGUCCUUGGCUCGACUGCCAUACAUCUCAAUUUUGACCCCUCCUUACGACGCCAAGCUAUUGACGAUGUCGCCGAGAAGUUCUGUUUGCCUGACUUGCGAGCAGCACUUGCAGAUUACAUUCAACGGGAGGCUCAGACUAAUCAAAGCUUCCACAAGUUGACAGGACAACAUCGAGCAUCACCAAAUGCGGAUCUUCCAUUCAAGCAUCUUAAUAUUUGGUUCAAAGUGCGCGUGCAGCAGACGCCACACCACAGCGGGUCAGCCCUCCUUCCUGCUCUGAUGGUCAAUGCAUCUCCACCAGAUGCCAAUUGGAAGUAUGAUUGCUAUGAUGCUGCCAUAUUUACUGUUGACGGCACCAAACGAUGGCCCGCUAGCGGGCUUAAAGGACACGUUGUUGUUGAGGUUCACCUCAUUAUGCUACCAGUCUCACCACCAGGCAGAACUCUCCCGUGGGCUGCACGUUUCCUCACUUAUGUUCAACGUCUCGACAUAGUGCCUCAGCAACAUGGAUUGGCAUUGGAACGCACCACACAGAUGCAUGUUCUGAAACGUUGAAGGUACAACAAUUCAGAUGGUGAGUCUGAACAAUGUUGGGUCUUGCAGAACCUAGCUGCUAUUCGACCCUAAAGGGUUUCUGGACCAGGCUCAAGGCUCAGAGAAGAGGAAAUAUCAUGAAAACUUGCUGAGUACUCAGACUCAUA